AUGUACGGAAUGCUUCUUGAGUCUGUUCAACAUUUCGUUCAGUUGGAGUUCGGUGAACGAGUUUGGAACCAGGCGUUGAUUGCUUCACAGUGCAAAUACAAUGUUUUCAAUACUCAUCAACAAUAUCCUGAUAAUUUGAUUCCGGAUCUGGCAGCAGCUCUCGCAGAGAUUACUGGCAAACAGUACGAUUACUUCAUGAUAUUUUUUGGAAGAUGCUUUGUAAGAUUUUUCAGUAACUUUGGCUACGAUGACAUGAUAAAAGCAACUGGAAGAUAUUUUUGCGACUUCCUGCAAUCAGUCGACAACAUUCAUUUACAAAUGAGAUUCACAUAUCGAAAAAUGAAGUCACCAUCGAUGCAAAUAACCGAUGUCGAUGACAAUGGAGCGGUUCUGAUUUAUCGCAGUAAUCGAACUGGAUUUUCAAAAUAUCUUAUGGGUCAACUUCUGGAAAUCGCAAAUGAGAUUUAUGGCUUGGAUUUAAAAGUGAGAAUACUUGAAGCAGAGAAUGAUACCAUUGGAGGCACUGUUGGGCCCAUUGAUCUCGACAGUGGAUUGAAAUCGGUCGUUGUGAAGUAUCGUUUGGAUUUCGACAACUCGGAAUAUAUGGCGAAACAAUUUCACCUUCAAGCUCAUCCAUCACAACUGAACUUGAAGCCUGUGACGACCGAGAUGCUUUUAGAACUUUUUCCUUUCGGGAUGAUUUUGAACAGCGAAAUGCUGAUUGUGGCCGCUGGAAAUAACUUAAUUGAAGCGUGGUCUGCCAACAAUGAGAAUAAGCACCCGAAUUUACUCAUUGGCAGUCCAAUCACUCGUUUCUUUAAACUUCGACGUCCCACUGGGAUAAAGUUUGACUUUGAGACCGUCACGACACUGCAAGCGGUGUUGUUUGAAAUUCAAUUGCUGAAAGCAAAAGAACCUGAGAGUGAAGCAGAGAACAGUUCAACUGAUGCUCAGGGUCGGUUAAAACCAGGUGGACCUGAAAGUUAUGCAGAUCUUGAUUCACAAAUGGGAGUUCCUGAGUUCAGUAGAGAUGAAGUUAAUGGAAUUUUACCGAAAGAUCGACGUGGAUCUCAAGGUCUUCGAAGUAUCUUGUUGAAAGGUGAAAUGAGAUACUUGAAAGACGUCAACAUGUUGGUUUUCCUUUGCAGCCCUUUAAUUAAUAAUUUGGAUGAACUUCGCGAAAUGGGACUUUACUUAAAUGAUCUGAACCCGCAUGGACUCAGUCGUGAAAUGGUUUUUUCUGGAUUUUCUCAUUAUUCGCGUCUUGACUUGAUGUGUGAACGUGAAGAGAAUCGAGCGGAAGAGUUGGAAACUUCUUUGAAUCUUGCUGACUCUUGGAAGAAACAGGGCGAUGAACUUUUGUAUUCGAUGAUUCCAAGAACAGUUGCUGAUCGACUACGUAAUGGACAAGACCCAUUGACGACAUGCCAGACUUUUGAAGAAGUCACGGUGAUUUUUGCUGAAAUCCAGGAAGCUGACAAUACUGAACACAAUCAAAUUCAAUCGGCAAUGAAUACAGUGACGACUCUCAAUGCAGCAUUCUCAGCAUUUGAUGAGUUGAUUCAAUCACCUUACGCUUACAAAGUGGAAACUGUUGGAAAAGUUUACAUGGCAGUGUCUGGUGCACCUGACGAGAAUCCACUGCACAUGCAACAUGCUGCUGACCUUUCACUUCAAAUGCUUGACAGCAUCAAAAAUCUUCAAAUUGAUGGCGUCACUGUCAAAAUUGGUUUUCAUUCAGGUUCCGUUGUCGCUGGCAUUGUUGGAUUAAAAGUUCCACGUUAUUGUUUGUUCGGUGAUACUGUCAAUACCGCAAGUCGAAUGGAAAGCAGCGGGGAAUCAAAUCGAAUCCAAGUUUCAGGACACUCAGCCAAAAAGUUGAAGAAGUUGGGAUACCGCGUCACUUACCGUGGUCUUGUUACAUUGGAGUUCGGUGAACGAGUUUGGAACCAGGCGUUGAUUGCUUCACAGUGCAAAUACAAUGUCUUCAAUACUCAUCAACAAUAUCCUGAUAAUUUGAUUCCGGAUCUGGCAGCAGCUCUCGCAGAGAUUACUGGCAAGCAGUACGAUUACUUCAUGAUAUUUUUUGGAAAAUGCUUUGUGAGAUUUUUCAGUAACUUUGGCUACGAUGACAUGAUAAAAGCAACUGGAAGAUAUUUUUGCGACUUCCUGCAAUCAGUCGACAACAUUCAUUUACAAAUGAGAUUCACAUAUCGAAAAAUGAAGUCACCAUCGAUGCAAAUAACCGAUGUCGAUGACAAUGGAGCGGUUCUGAUUUAUCGCAGUAAUCGAACUGGAUUUUCAAAAUAUCUUAUGGGUGAGAAUUUCAAUAAAACUUUUUCUUCAAAUGGUGUUGUCGUUACAUCAAACUCAACAGGAAUUCUUCUGGAAAUCGCAAAUGAGAUUUAUGGUUUGGAUUUAAAAGUGAGAAUACUUGAAGCAGAGAAUGAUAUCAGUGGAGGCACUGCUGGUCCCAUUGAUCUCGACAGUGGAUUAAAGUCGGUUGUUGUGUCAUAUCGUUUGGAUUUCGACAACUCGGAAUAUAUGGCGAAACAAUUUCACAUUCAAGCUCAUCCAUCACAACUGAACUUGAAGCCUGUGACGACUGAGAUGCUUUUAGAACUUUUUCCAUUCGGAAUAAUUCUGAACAGCGAAAUGCUGAUUGUGGCCGCUGGAAAUAACUUAAUUGAAGCGUGGUCUGCCAACAAUGAGAAUAAGCACCCGAAUUUACUCAUUGGCAGUCCAAUCACUCGUUUCUUUAAACUUCGACGUCCCACUGGGAUAAAGUUUGACUUUGAGACCGUCACGACACUGCAAGCGGUGUUGUUUGAAAUUCAAUUGCUGAAAGCAAAAGAACCUGAGAGUGAAGCAGAGAACAGUUCAACUGAUGCUCAGGGUCGGUUAAAACCAGGUGGACCUGAAAGUUAUGCAGAUCUUGAUUCACAAAUGGGAGUUCCUGAGUUCAGUAGAGAUGAAGUUAAUGGAAUUUUACCGAAAGAUCGACGUGGAUCUCAAGGUCUUCGAAGUAUCUUGUUGAAAGGUGAAAUGAGAUACUUGAAAGACGUCAACAUGUUGGUUUUCCUUUGCAGCCCUUUAAUUAAUAAUUUGGAUGAACUUCGUGAAAUGGGACUUUACUUAAAUGAUCUGAACCCGCAUGGACUCAGUCGUGAAAUGGUUUUCUCUGGGUUUUCUCAUUAUUCGCGUCUUGACUUGAUGUGUGAACGUGAAGAGAAUCGAGCGGAAGAGUUGGAAACUUCUUUGAAUCUUGCUGACUCUUGGAAGAAACAGGGCGAUGAACUUUUGUAUUCGAUGAUUCCAAGAACAGUCGCUGAUCGACUACGUAAUGGACAAGACCCAUUGACGACAUGCCAGACUUUUGAAGAAGUCACAGUGAUUUUUGCUGAAAUCCAGGAAGCUGACAAUACUGAACACAAUCAAAUUCAAUCGGCAAUGAAUACAGUGACGACUCUCAAUGCAGCAUUCUCAGCAUUUGAUGAGUUGAUUCAAUCACCUUACGCUUACAAAGUGGAAACUGUUGGAAAAGUUUACAUGGCAGUGUCUGGUGCACCUGACGAGAAUCCACUGCACAUACAACAUGCUGCUGACCUUUCACUUCAAAUGCUUGACAGCAUCAAAAAUCUUCAAAUUGAUGGCGUCACUGUCAAAAUUGGUUUUCAUUCAGGUUCCGUUGUCGCUGGCAUUGUUGGAUUAAAAGUUCCACGUUAUUGUUUGUUCGGCGAUACUGUCAAUACCGCAAGUCGAAUGGAGAGCAGCGGGGAAUCAAAUCGAAUCCAAGUUUCAGGACACUCAGCCAAAAAGUUGAAGAAGUUGGGAUACCGCGUCACUUAUCGUGGUCUUGUUACAGUUAAGGCAAGACAUAAAUCCUUCAUUAAAACUUUUUCCAUUAAAAUUAUAGAAAACAAAAAAUUAUUUCGAUUACAGGGAAAAGGCGAAAUGGAAACCUUUUGGCUUGAAGAAGGACCUGACGACAUUUCAUCCCAUCGACGAAGUAGCG